UAUGUAGGAUUGGGUGAAAUGGAAUGGAUGAAUGACGUAUUGUGAGUGAAUGAGAUAGCAUGAAGACCAUGUCUAUGAGUAUGAAAGAGAUAGCAUGAUAACUUAAGACUUUUGUAAUCUAAGGGGCGGGCCGGCGGCCAUUGGAGAAUCUGUUCGGAGCGAUUAAGUAAAAGACGUGCUGUUACAUUAUUUCUUCUAAAAUAUAGUUAAUUCACUUCAAGUUGGUGUUUAUUUGCAAAUCCACUUCCUACAGUGGUGUUAGAAGAGGGAUACAGUGGAUUAAGCCUGAAGACGAGAAGAAAUUUGGAUUCUCCGGCAGCGGCUAACGAACAAAGGAGUACCGUUAGUUAACCGUUGGGAUUGCAACGUGGUUCGAAACUAGGAAGACGAUAAAGACGUCGGACUACAACGAGACGUGAAGAUGUCGCCAGGCUCAGGCAGGCGCAAAAGCAGGCAACAGGAUUACGACGACGAGGAUUCUGGAUCAUCACAGAACGGCAACGGCAUGACGAUGUUGCAUCUCUCUGAAGGGCUCAUUCCGAAGUUCACCGGUCAGGAUAAGACGUAUCCAGCGGCUAGGUGGGUGCAAGACGUUGAAGAUAAUAGUGAGCUCUGUGGAUGGACACCGUUGCAGCAGCUGUUGAUGGCUAGGCGGUCGUUGUCAGGAACGGCGCUAUUGUGGUUCCGGGCGGAGCGUACUUUUAAAACAUGGGACGACUUUAAAGGUGCAAUACUAAAAUAAUUCCCUGAUACGAUAGAUGCAAAGGCUAUUCAUGAGCUGAUGAGUUCCCGGCAUAAGAAACAGAGUGAGUCAUGCUUGGAAUACCUGUUUACUAUGAAGGAAUUGGGGAAAAGAGGUAAAAUGCCUGACUAUGUGGCCAUAAAAUAUAUAGUCGAAGGCAUAAAAGAUCAAGAAGUGAACAAGAUAAUGCUUUACGGAGUUACUACAUAUAGUGAUCUGAAAGACAAGCUGAAGAUCUACGAGCAAUUUAAAGCGAAUAUGGCAAGUACGAGUUCGAGUUCAAAUCGUGAUUCAAGCCGGUCGAACAAGCAAACGGACAAGAACGACAAGGCGUACGGUCGAUUUAUGCGGUGCUACAACUGCGGGGAGAAGAAUCAUACAUCGUCGGAGUGCCCGCAUAAAGAGAAAGGGCUGAAAUGCUUUAAGUGCCUUGACUACGGCCAUAUUGCAUCAAAUUGCAAAGCAGCAGCGUCAUCAUCGGGAUUGGGAUCAUCGGGUGCAACUUCACACGGAAAGGACGGCGUGAAGGCAGCGACGAGCGGUGAAGGUGGCAGCACUGGAAGAAAAUGGACGAACGGAACGAGUGGCGCUAGUGUCGCAACUAAACAAGCUUUUUACGGUUCGACAAGUGACAGUCACAUCACUACGGAAGACGACGUGAUUGGCGGAUCGGCCAAGAUGGCGCAUCUCUGUCUGACAGCUGUCAUCAAUGGAGUGAACCAGCGACUGAUAACGCGGAAACAUAAGCCGGUUAAAGAAGUAAAUGUGCUUGGAAAAAGUGUUAUUGCGCUCAUGGACUCUGGUUGCGCAGUGAGUUUAAUGACGAUUGCGUGCUACAAUGAGUUAAAUGCGUCGGAGUUCGUCAAAUGCGACGAGUUUUUGACGGGACUCGGUUCUAAAGAUGUUCAGGAGUUAGUCCAGGUAUUGAACAAAGAGUGAACGACCUGGUGGAGUCAUACAUGCCGUGUAAGACGAAGGAAGCGCCUGUCAAGUUAAAACUGGUGCUAAAAGAUGACAUCCCCAUUGCACAGCGACCCCGACGAUUGGCGCCGGUAGAGC